CCGAGGUGACCGGGGUGACCGGGGUGACCGUGACCGAGGUGAUCGUGACCGUCACGGUAGUGGUACUCGUCUCUAUGUUGGCCGCUUAUCUUCGCGUACCAGGACUCAUGACUUGGAUGAUCUUUUCAGCAGAUAUGGAAGGUUUCUAGGCUUUUGCCUAGCCUUGGAGGUCUAUGGUGGGAUGGUUGCCCUUGAUGGAAUUGGUGGCUAUUCUUGCAAUGUAUAGGGGACUUUGGCGAUUCUUUCUAUAAUUUAAUGCGUGUUUUUAUGGAAUUGGCAACAUUCUCAAAGUGGUGUUUAGUUGAUCUGUGAAGGGCGAGGUAUCAACCCUUCGGUAGUUUUGUCCUGAUGGCCUUACUGUUUAUGGAAACCGUUUACGCAGAGUACGUGACGUGGAUAUGAAGCGCGAUUAUGCCUUUGUUGAGUAUAGUGAUCCUCGUGAUGCUGAAGAUGCAAGAUAUAGCUUAAAUGGGCGAGAUGUGGAUGGUACUAGAAUCAUCGUUGAGUUCGCAAAAGGGGGACCACGAGGUCCAGGUGGUUCACGUGAGUCACGGGAGUCACGUGACUUCGGAGGGAGGGGACCAACCCCUGGAUCCGGGAGAUGCUUUAAUUGUGGAAUUGAUGGGCACUGGGCUCGAGAUUGCAAAGCAGGUGACUGGAAGAACAAGUGUUACCGUUGUGGAGAGCGAGGCCAUAUAGAAAGGAAUUGUCAAAACAGCCCCAAAAAACUAAGCAGACGUGGCCGGAGCUACUCACGGUCACCGUCACCGCGCCGGCGUUCAGCAUCUCCUCGCCGAGGAAGAAGUCGUAGCCGUAGUUUUAGUAGGAGCAGGAGCUACAGUCAGUCUAGGUCUCCACCAAAAAAAGAGAGAGAAGUCGAGCGCACGGACAAGUCAAUGAGCCCUCGUCCAAGCAGGAGCCCUAAGCGACAGAAAGGGUCACCUGUGACAUCAAGGGGCAGGAAACGUUCUCCAACACCUGAUGAGAGGAGUCCAGAAGGCAGAGGUAGAUCCUCAGAGAGACGAGCAAAUGGAUCUGAUUAUGGUGGUAGCCCAAGGUCAAGGAGUAGAAGCCCCAUCAAAGAAGACAGCCCGAGGAAUGGAGAUGCUCGAAGUCGAAGUCGAAGCCCCUUUGAAGAGAACGGACGAGAUCAUAGUGUCAGCCCAGUUGCUAGAAAUGACCAGAAUGGUAGGGAGGAUGAUAACGACAACGGCGACUAUGAAGCUUCUCCUAGAGGUAGUGAAUGAUUGGAAACACUAGUUUCUUUUUUAAACCUUGUGUUGACAACUUGAGCUGUGUUAAACUGCAAGAAUGUCACUUUUCCCCUUUAAUUUUGAAACUCUGCUGUGUUAUUUACAUAAUAGUAAUUUUCUGUAUUUUCUCAA